AUUUAAUUCAUUAAAUUGCAUAAAAAUCCUGUCACCGGUUGGUUAUGUACUUAUCUGUAUUUAUCUUACUGUACUUACAUAUCUGUAACUUAAUUUUGGUAGGUAAAUCGUUAAUAAUUAAAACCGACUUUGGUUCUAGACCUAAAACGAAGCUACAAUAUACCUAUUAUAAUAUACGCUUUUAGCAUAAUAGAUUACUCGAACUCCGCCUAUGACCGCUUCAACAGACGGCACAGGGCACAGACAGUUGGGGCGCCACGUUGUUGAUUCAAGGUUCCAAUCCCAAUCACAAAAAAAUUCGAAUGUUUUAAUGCUGUCUGCAUGUACACUCCGAUACGCCCAUUAUAUAAUAUUUUAAUUCAAUUUCAUCCCACGCGCAUUUUAUGGCGGUGUGUUAGUGGACUUUUUAAUUGCUAUUUUUAAAAAUAUAACAAUAAACUAGUUUAGGUAUUUUGUUUGUUUUUAAGUGUUCCUCGACCUGGGCGUAAACCAAUAUGACCUGCCGAAUAGUACUAGAUAAUCCAGGAUCGUACCAUCCUGGAGAUUCGGUGUACGGAAGGGUAGUGGUAAACUUUAAUUCCAAAGAAAACUUCAGAGCUAUUAAAUGCAGAUUUCGAGGAAAAGAACACACUGCUUGGACGGAGAGAGAAAGUUACUAUGACAGUUCUUCAAAAUCGACAAAAUACCGGACUGUACAUUACUCUGGUGACAAUACCUUUAUAUAUGUUAAUCUUAUACUCGUUGGUGAAGGUUCUUUACACGCCGGUCACUAUGAAUACCCUUUUUCUUUUACUUUUCCCACUAGGAAUCUUCCCAAUCCUUAUCAUGGCAACUAUGGAUACAUCAGAUAUUAUAUUAAAGCAAACGUUGAUAAAUCCUUUGCGUUCGAUUACGAAGACGAAAUUACUCUAUCAUUGCUUUCUCCUAUCAAUUUCAACGAUAUUCGAAAUGAACUACAAUUGAAUCCUGUUGGGUUAAAAGACGAAAAAAUAUUAUGUUGUAUGUGCUGUGCUAGCGAACCUAUCACUAUGGACCUUAUUUUAGAGAAAGAAGCAUUUGUACUAGGUGAAGUUGCUAAAAUCAAAGUCGAAAUUUCAAAUAUGUCCAAUGAAACUAUUACAGAACUAAUUUUAAAAUUAAAAAUGACAAUUGAAUCUAAGACAACCAGUCCCAGGACGCACCAUAAGUACGAUACAGAACUUGUGGGUUUUUUGUCAGACACGGGCGUAGGAGCUCACGGGCAAAGGGUUUAUAAUCUUGACUUUGUAAUCCCAGCUAGAACUGUAUUGCCGAAUUUUCAAGGAAGCACUUUGUUCAAACAAUGGUGUGUUUUGAAAGCAGAAGCUGUAAUACCAGGUUGUCAUACUAAUUUGGAAAUUGAAACAGGUGUGAAAUUAGGACAUAUUCCUAUUCUAGGCGGACCUAGUUUUGGAGGAGCAACAUACGUUCCAGCAAGCCAAUGUCCUGGAGGAGCAUUUCCACCUCCACCUCCACCUUCAAACGUUAGUCCACCGCCAUAUCCACCAGAAGAGAAAGCACCACCAUAUCCGUUAGAAGAUAAAGCCCCACCUUACCCUAUGGGUCCUCCAUCGUUCCCUCUACCAAAUGGCAACGAAGCGGGUUUCGUUGACGGCGCAACAAUCCCACUUCUUCCUGGUAAAGGAAUGCCCAUGCCCUCUGUUGGCCAAGGAGGACCCUCAUCUAGUGCUGCUAGCGCUCCACAGGAAGAUGGAGCUCCUUCAGCUCCAUCAAAGGCAAAAAUGGCUGAGCAGGAGGGCUUUGAAAUUGUCGAUGAUGAAGGCAACGAUGAACCACCGCCACCUAGUUAUCAGGAUUUCGUUAAAGGAACAGGAUCUGAUCCAACCGCGCCAUCUGCCCCGCCAAAGUAAGAAAAACAAAGAACAAAAAAGACUUACUAUAUAGUUAUCGGACUGUUCAGAAAAAUCUAUUAGAAACGAAAGUUAUAAUAUCUUUCCUUGUCUACUUGUGUUAAUAAUUUUGUUUAUCUUGUUAUGUUGCUUAAAUUCAUGUCCCUAAAAAACUUCAUCGAAUAAUACGUUUAAUUCAUUUAAUUACGUAUAAUAAGUAGAUUAUAAUUUCAAAAUACUUUUGACGCGAAUUUAAGCAGAUAACAGAAAAUUUUGCUAUCAGCAGACAAUAAAUAAUAUAAAAAGUCCAUUUUUGCUAGAGCAACAUCACAUGUUGAUUAAAUAAAAAAAGUAUAUAUAACAAUAUAUUUUAUAUUGAGUCUUUUUCGCAAAGAAUAUAUAACUCAAUUAUACAAAGUGCAAUUUUUUAUAAAAACCUUUUUUAAAUAAAGUGCCAUUUUUAUACUUAAUAGAAAAUUAUUCGUGUAUAGUAGUCACACGAAAAAUUAUGGGGCCGAUAAACUUUGACAGUGAUCCGUUUGAAUUCUGAAUGACAUCAUGAACUUCAAAUUAUUUUGUUUUUUUUAAGUUAACUAAUCUAUAAUCAAAAUGGUUGCCUAUGUAUUUUCUAUCACAUUACUUAUAAUGAGUAUGUACAAUAUAAGGUCUUCCUUAAGAUAUUUUUGAACGUAUUAAAAGUUUUUGCAAUUUUUAUAAACCUUUACAAAAGUAGCAAUUAUUUACCUCUUAUACUGUAAUUUUGACGGAAGUUUUAAUAUUUAAAACGACAUCUCAUGACUCCGGAGGUUUCAAUAGUAAAAAGUACAGAGGCGUCACCGAAAUAUGGGCAAAACUGUCUGUGUCAUAUUGUAAAUAUAAUGGCGGGAAUUUAAAACAUUGGCAUAACCAUAUACUUCUAAUAAUAGAAGUAUUUUUUGAAGACUCAUCUGUCAGAGCUAUUAGGCCUUGUGUGGUCAGUGUAGGCUUUAGUACUAGUUCCCAGCGCGACUUUAGGGAGAAUCCUAUCGCUCUAGUAUAUGUGGGCGUAACUAUUUAAAAAUUUUGGGUUAGGGACUUUCAAUUCUUAUAUCUGACGAUGCAUCGAAAUCCUGAUGGGCUGAUAUAUCUAACGUAAUUGCGACAUAGCCUUCCAUCUUGGAUGCGAUUUUAAUCCGAAAUAGUAGUCGUCCAGCCUACUAAUAUAAUAAAAUUGUGAAGUAUGUAAAGGCGGUUUCCAUGGUGAUCGAACUCUCGUUCGAUAUAAAAUACGCCCUACAAGCAUUAUUUCUGUAGUAAACUCACCUCAAUUUUUAAAGACAUAUUUUGCUCCUCAUAUAACAGCACAAUGCAUAAAUAACAAAGAAGAAGCAAAUUGCAAAAACCGACAACGCAAACUUGUAAUUAUUAAAAUAUAGGGUUGUCUCUGGCUAGACAUAGGAUGAAAUAAAAUAACUACAUAACACAUCUUCUUCUUAAAAAUCAGACAUUCUUCAUUGAGUGUUGGCGUUUUGCAACAAUCCGUUUAGUAAGCUUUUGUAUAACAUUUAUACCAUGUUUCAAAAACAUUUUCAGUGAAAUAUUUAACAAAGUUAUAUUUCAGAAACUUGUGCUUCAAAUGUUAUAUGUUUGAAACACUUCUGAAAUAAUGUGUGCAGUAUGAUUGGAGGUGAGUAAACACGUGAUUUUUCAAUAUGUUAUGAUGAUUGGUGACCUGAGAUUUUUUCAUCCUAAAUAUAUAAAAUUUUAAGUUUUCAUGGAAGAUUUCGUUGGACACGUAUCAAACUGUUAUCAAACAGAGUAUUUUGAAUUGACUUUUUUAGAAUCCACGCAUUAUGAAUAUUGUUUAGAAAAACUGAUGGCGAUCAUUUAUUGCUCAGUGAGACAGUUACUUAUUUUACCUUAUUUAUCUUUAUACUCCAUUUUAGUAAUUAUGUUUGGAUAUUAUGCAAGUGCCUUUGUAACAUUGCAGCCGUUGUAAUUGGAUUUUCAUGGCUUGCAAGUAUAAUUGUGCCAUCGGCAAAUGUUCCCAUGACUGUUUAAUUAUUUGUUGGUAGAACUGCUGUUUACAAUAUAUACAAGUAAUAUAAUUUUUUUUUGUGUCAUCGGCAUCAACUGCUACGGUUAUUAGCCUCAAGUAAUAUAAUUAUUACAGGAUAAACUUUAAUUGUAAUUUUCGGCAAACGAACAUCCAACUUAAACCGACUAAUAUUUCCCCCUAGCCUCAUAGUAAUCCUUUACUCUAUUUACUGGACUAUGUCAUGUCGCAAUACCUUUAGAUAUACUAUCCCAGAAUUUCAUGUUCAAGUGAUUAGAUUAUAAUUAUCAUCAUCAUAAUCAGAAACAGUGAAAUAGUAUUUUUAAAAUAAAUGGAAAUAAAUUGUUACCUCGAUUGUCACAGGUAUAUGAUGAUGAAUGGUGGUAAUUUUGAAUUUUAUAAAAUUUUGUUUCUACGCAUGUUGUCUUCUAGGACGCCUCUGUACUUUUCUUUAAUGAAACGGACUUUACUACCUACUACCUCAUGAUGCAAUUUUUAGUAGGUAAUUUUAAAGAAAUUAUCAAAAAAUAUUGAGUUAUGGAUAGAAUGCCUUAUAUUAUACUUAUUUUAGUUUGCAUUUAUUUAGUUUUUAUCAUGGUAAAAGUUUUAAAUUGUUCUUUUAAAGCCCACUGUUAUUAUUACUUAAAUUGUGUACUUUAAGUUUAGAUUUAAAUAAUUUUAAAAUAUAUGUUAAUUCACAAUAUUAAAAAUGAAAAGAACAAUAUUUCUAUUUUUAAAUAUACUUUUGUUUGUUAUGUAGCUAUAAAAAUGAUUUACUUUAUGAAUUUUUUUAUUUUUAUUAUGCUUUUUUGUGAUUGUACUUUCAUGUUAUCGGUGAGAAGCAUUGUGAUAACUCAAGUUUAGGGUCCAAUUACAAUUAGAUGAACACAUGUACGUCAUCAAUUGGCAAAGUAAUUCGUUGGCUAUCGCCGCCUACUGGGGGUUUAGUGGCUUGUUAAUAUUAUAGGAAUGUAGGAAUGUUAUUUCUAAACCAAAAAAACUUAUAUAUUCUUUAUUUAUUGGUAGUUACAGAAGAUAUAUAUUAUUGGAAAUUCGAAAUAAUAGUUAUGACGUAGGGUGUU